AUGUAUCUGCUAGGCAACAAAACUGGAAAGAAGAAAGUGUGUGUCGGUUAUAUGAAUGCACCUGUACCGUAUGCCAUUGAAGAGAAUUACGGUGGGUGCUUCUUUGAUGAUGACGACGAUCUUGCCCAAGUUCUUCAAGAUCAGGAAAUAUUGUAUCAAUUAAUUCAAGGAAGUAAUGGUAGCAGUUCAUAUGGAACUCAUUCGACUCCAAGUUGUAGCUAUGGCCAUAAUCGGACAUCAAAUGAACAAAAAUCAUCCGGAGAUGUAAACUAUGAGUUGCAACUAGCAGUUGAUGAAGCUUUAGCUAGAGAGUUGCAAGAAAUGGAGGGCAAACUAGCCAACACUUCACUUAAUGACAAUAAUGGAAGAAAGCCUACAUCAUCUUCAGCUUUUGAUAGAGGCAAUAAUUCUGCAAGUAGACCUCCUCAGGUAGUGGAGGAGGAUGGGAUUGAUCCAGAUAAUAUGACUUAUGAGGAACUGCAACAGUUAGGGGAAGCCAUUGGUACCGAAAGCAAAGGGCUGCCUGAAAGUGUCAUAGCACUCUUGCCAACUUCAACUUACAAAAUUGGGAUAUUCUCAAGAAGGGAAAAACAUGACGAAUGUGUGAUCUGCUGUAUGGCAUACAAGAACCGAGAUAGGCUUACUAAAUUGCCCUGUGGACAUCAGUACCAUCAGGCUUGUGUCGCUAAAUGGUUACAGAUCAAUAAGGUAUGCCCUGUUUGCAGUAAGGAGGUUUUCAGCUAG